AGCAGGGAAUCCAGGCUCUAUCAUGGUGAAGUUCCUGCUGCUCGCUCUUGUGUUAGGUGUGUCCUGUGCACAUCAUAACAAUCCUGACAUCACUCCCUCAGAGGUUGACGGGAAUUGGCGCACCCUUUACAUAGGUGCAGAUAAUGUGGAGAAGGUACUCAAAGAUGGACCUUUGAGAGCUUAUUUUCAGCACAUGGAGUGCAGUGACGAAUGCCAGACACUCACAAUCACAUUCAAUGUCAAGGUGGAAGGCGAGUGCCAGACACACACAGUUGUGGGAAGAAAAGAGAAAGAUGACCUGUAUAUGACAGACUACUCUGGUAAAAAUUAUUUUCAAGUUGUAAAGAAGUCAGAUGACAUCAUCAUCUUUCACAAUGUUAAUGUCGACAACAGUGGAAAGGAGACAAAUGUGAUUUUGGUUGCUGGGAAAGAAGAGAGUCUGAGCAAAGCACAGAAACAGGAGCUUAAGGAGCUGGCCAUCAAAUUCAAUAUUCCAAAUGAAAAUAUCCAGCAGUUGGAGCCCACAGGUAACACUAUUGUGCUUCACACAGCACAUAAAUGCAUCUGA